UGGCUAUUAUUAGCUUGUUUAUCUUGCACAGUUAAGCACUAACAACUUUUCUAAUAGAAGCACAUCUCCAUCAUGGCUUAGGGUUUAGACCAUAGGUAAGCAGUUGGACUCUAGCAUUGUCAUGAUUGUGUAGAGGCUUCAUGGAGAGACUAGUAGUGCACAGUCUAGUCCACAGUCUAGUUCACAAUCUAGCCGAAAGUCUCAUUCCCAGCCUGUAUACAAUUCUUCUUUCUACUCAGUGCACACCUCACGAUGCAAGCAUAAUUAAGACCUAGACUAAAUCUAUUCCUUUUUAAAUCUAAGACUGUACAUAGUUUUUGAGUAGACUGAAGCAUGUCUCAAUGCAAAAGAAAAAUGCUUGGUAAAUCAGAGAUCCUCAAACGGGCAACAGCCUCAUUCGCUCAGCAAGUCAAGAUUUGUUUUUAUAUCAACUUAAACAACUCAGUAUUGAAUAGAUCGGGAUGUCUAUGUGAGACCUUACAAUAGAGAAAUGACUACGAACAGAAGUCAUAUUGGUAUUGCAGCUAUGCAGCUAAGUACCAUCACUCUCUCUUCUCUCUCUGCGUAAAAUGACAUCGUUCUGAGAUCCUGUGCAUCGAUAUUUAUUUAAACGACUUCAAUUUUAAAAGUUACAUCCUCUUUGUCUUGAUAAAACUAUCAGUAUGAAUCCCGAUAAAACUAUCAGUAUGGAUCCCGAUAAAACUAUCAGUAUGGAUCCCGAUAAAACUAUCAGUAUGGAUCCCGAUAAAACUAUCAGUAUGGAUCCCGAUAAAACUAUCAGUAUGGAUCCCGAUAAAACUAUCAGUAUGGAUCCCGAUAAAACUAUCAGUAUGGAUCCCGAUAAAACUAUCAGUCUGGAUCCCGAUAAAAAUGAGCUCCCAACAUCUUCUUACACAGUACACUAUCCGGAGCAACAGCAUGCAAGACAGGAAGCUUUUAGCCCCCACCAUCCUAACAUAUCAACAGUCGAUGGAGUAUAUUUGCGCCAAGCAGUUGGCCGCGUUCUACCCGACUGCCUCCAGGAUGUGGUGCAAGUGCGCCCGGCUGAUCCCAUUCAGUAUUUGGCUAAAAGGUUGUACCACUCCGUGGACUGUGACUUGCACUAUUACGACAAGAAGAUUGAGCUGACCCAGAUGGAAAUAACUCGCCUAGAACAAUGCCAACUUAAAGCUAGCCAGUCCAAGCAGUUGCACAAACUGAAAGAGGAAAUAGAAAAGUUGAAGCGAGAGUUGGAGGAACUGAAUCGUGACAAAAACAAACUUUUAGCCUCGAGUGAAGAGACAUCAAAUAGUGCACUCUAGACAUCAAAUAGUACACUCUAGACAUCAAAUAGUACACUCUAGACAUCAAAUAGUACACUCUAGACAUCAAAUAGUACACUCUAGACAUCAAAUAGUGCACUCUAGACAUCAAAUAGUACACUCUAGACAUCAAAUAGUACAUUCUAGACAUCAAAUAGUACACUCUAGCUGCGUCAGCCGUGAUGUCAUUGAAGGAUGUUUAUCUUUUCAGCAACGCUUUAACAUUUUGUUCAGUUUUAUGCAUAGAUAAUUAAAACAAUGAGAUUCAGUUCAGAUUAUUGAAAAGAUUUUAAUAAAUAAUUUUACUAGUGUAAACGAUUUACUAAUUAUCCCACGGCAUUAAUAAAAUACAGAGCCUUUUGA